AUGUCGCCAUCCACAGCUCCUCAACUAAAAGUCCUCGUCAAUGGGGCUGGCAUUGCCGGUUCAUGCUUCGCCUACUGGCUGGCUAGAACGCGCCUCAAUGCCUCCAUCACCGUGCUCGAACGGUCUCCCGCCCCAAGACCAACAGGCCAAUCCAUCGAGAUUCGAGGCUCGGCCAUUUCCAUUGUGGAGAAGAUGGGCCUGCUCCCGGCGGUGCUGGCGCGCAACACUACCGAAGAGGGAACACGCAUCGUCGAUACAUCCAACAAGAUUAUUGCCGAGUUUGGCAAAGGAUCCCAAUUCACAUCCGAGUACGAGAUUCUGCGCGCAGAACUAUGCGAAAUCUUCCUCGAAGCAACCAAGAACAUGGCAAACGUCGAGUACAGGUACGGCGACUACGUGACAACAGUGACGCAAACCGAGAAAGAAGUACAAGUGGGAUUCCACAGCGGCGCCAGCGACACCUUCGACCUGAUCGUGGGCGCCGACGGCUCAGCAUCCAAGAUCCGGUCGCUGGUUCUCAGCGAGGAAGUGCGAAGGAACAGUUACAAUUUCAUCGGUCAAUACAUUGCCUACUUUAGCAUUCCGCGCCAGCCCACCGACACAAAGCACUGGUACUGGUACAAUGCUCCAAAGGGUCUCGGCCUCAUGACGCGGCCGCGUCGCAACGACAAAACAGUAGGAUGCUACGUGAUUAUCACGACGCCCGCGCAUGGACACCGCGACCCAGAAGCUGAGAAAGCAAUGGAUGAGGGACCGGACGCCCAAAAGGCGCUGCUACACAAGUACUUUGGCAAUGCAGGGUGGCAGGCCCAGCGCAUCCUAGCGGGUAUGGAUAGCUGCGACGACUUCUACAUGAGCAGAGCAGCCUACGUCAAGCUGCCGACAUGGACAAACCAUCGCGCCGUGCUACUUGGCGACGCCGCACACGCAACCUUUGGCGUAGGCACCACGCUCGCCGUCCAAGGCGCGUAUUUCCUCGCUGGCGAGCUGUCCAAGAUCCACUCUUCAAACGACAUCCCCGCGGCGCUGAACAGAUACGAGGAGGCGUUUUGA